AUGGCGACUGAAGCUGCCUCUCACAUCUCUGGCGGUUCGGAGUCAACAACGGUGGCUUUGCUAGAACAACUUACUGAAGUAUUUGGCAAGCUGAAGUCCCACACAGAAGCAUCCCUACAAUUGCAAAGUGGCAUCCAGUGGGAAGAUAUCAAAGUACAUUUCCUGAACCUUGAGAAGUCAUACAGAAGCAAGUGUGAUGAACUGGAAGGAAAGCAGAAGGCAUUAGAAGAACAGAAAGCUGGAGGUCGUAGGCUGAUUGCUGAGAAAGAAGCUGAUCUUUCUGCAAAAGAGCGUGCUUCUGUGAACAAGCUUCAGGAGCUGAAGGAUGCUGCCGUCUCUACCCUAGCAGAGGUGCGCAAAAAAUAUAAUGUCGAGCUUUCUGAGAUACUUGAUGCCAAUGGAAGCAAAGACAAAAAGGUAAAACCCCCAACCGACGACACCAAUGCAUCGCUCCCUUCAGACGAGCAUAACUCUGCUAAAGGGUCGGGCAAGCCAUCUGAACCUUCACCAGUUGAGGUUAAGCCGCGCCCUGCACUGAAGGAACUCUGUGAGCAGAUGGACGCUAAAGGCCUUCUGAAAUAUAUUUCAGAAAAUUCAAAAAAACUUGCUGGCUUUCGUGAUGAACUUUGUGUUGCACUAAAAUGUGCAACUGACCCUGCGCGCUUUGUACUUGAUUCCUUGGAGGGUUUUUUCCCAGACCAACUGCCUGGGGAUAAAAAUUACUCUGCUCAGGGGCAGCGCAGAAGCUGUAUUGUUUUGAUGGAGGCUCUAGCACAUUCAAUAGGAAUGAAGGAGCCGGGUGGCAAACACCCUUGGAGCUCUGAAAUUAUGGAGCAAGCCAAGGCAAUUGCCAAUGAGUGGAAGAGUAAGAUAGCUGAGGUUGACCUUGAUGCUUCUGAUGGCUACUCAUUGGAAGCACAUGCAUUCCUGCAGCUUCUUACAACUUUUAAUGUUGAUUUGGUGCUUGACGAAGAUGAACUAUACAAGAUUGUAGUUGCCAUUUCUCGUCGCAAGCAGACUGCUGAGCUAUGUCGCUCUCUUGGUUUGACUGAGAGAAUACCAGGUGUUAUUAAGGAGUUGAUUAAGAAACACAGGCAAAUUGAUGCAGUUCAAUUCAUACAAGCCUUUGGGCUGUCAGAGGCUUUUCCUCCUGCUCCUCUCUUGAAGGCAUAUGUAGAUGAGAUAAAAGGCUCACUUAACAAUAAGGGGGAUGCCGGUGCAACUCCUUCAGUGGAUGACUUGAAGAACCGCGAGCUAAUUGCAUUGAGGGCCAUAAUCAAGUGCAUCGAGGAGUACAAGCUCCAGAAGGAGUGUCCACUUGGGCCUCUCCAGAAACGCAUCAACGAGCUGAAACCAAAGGGCGCGAAAAGGCCAUCGGGUUCUGCUAACCGCAACUACGCGAAGAAGCAGCGGGUCUCUGGCAGUGGCACUUCAGCUCCUCGGAGGCCCACUGUGGCAGCUCCCCGCAGGCCCGCAGCUCCAGUCGGCACAUGGCAGCAGCGCGCCCCUCCGCCGCCGGUGCCCGCCUACCCCGACAGGUACGGGGCCGCCGCCGACCGGUACCACUACGCGCCGCCGCCUGCCGCAGCGUAUGACGCGGCCACCUAUGCCGCCUACGGCGGCGGCGGCGGCGGCGAGCAGUACAGGGCCGCCGCCCCAAAGCCGUACCAGUACAACCCAGGAUCAGCAGCAGCCGCCGCCGCAGCGUCGUACAACAACAUACCCCAAUAUAAGGUCGUGUAUGGCGGCCCCGGCGCCCAGCCAUCCACGGCUGCGGGCGGCUACGCGCCCUACGGCGGAGGCUCGGUGGGGCAGCAGCAGCCGCAGCCUGCUGCUUCCUCCGGCGGCUACCUGAGCUACGCCGCCGGGUUCGGCUACCGCCCUUCUCAGCAGCAGUAG